AUAUUUUAAAAUUUUCUCUGAUAUCAUAAAAUCUCCGAAUACAGUCUAACUUACAAGAUCAUGAUCUACAUCUAAAAUCCAUGUUUAAUUUACAAAAUGGCUAGCCUUCUAACUCAUCACUUCCCUCGUUUUUCCCGUCCUUCACUUCGCUUCCUAAAAUGGUGGAUACGAAAAAACUAUAAGAUAAACUCAAUAAGUAAAAUAUGAAGCGCCCUUAUUAAACUUAUAGCAUGCCAAUAAGUAUAAUCACGAAAAACGGUUACAGUACGGGAACAAAAUAGACGUCUCCUUUAUAGAUCACGACCAGUGUUAUAAACAUCCCACUAGCAAGCACACGAUUUACUAGUGUAUAAUCCCACUAGCAAGAUAACAGAAACAAACCGAUUCUAUCAGUAACAUGUCGACAUGUGCUAGCGUUUAUAAACCUCCCACUAGCGGGCACACGAAUAACAUGACCAUAUUGGAGACAAAACAUGCAGAAUUUAACAGAGAAUCAUACUUUACAGAUACUUUCCAGAUCAUCAGGGCAGUUAAAUAAUUUCCAAGCAAGCAUGCUUAAAUCAAUAAAAAGAAUAAUAAUUUCAUUUCAAA